AUGACCAAGACGUAAAGAAUAUCAGACACGCUGUCACUGCUGGUAAAACUGCAGACUGGGAUGAGUCGACUUCUGCUUUACAGAAAGGACUGUCAGUUAUCUACUUGCAUUUUAACGGCUCACACAGAGCAAUGAGAGGAGCAGCUAUGAGUGUAAUAACAGCAGUCAGUGGAUUUGUUCUCCUCACUGUGACAGUCGUUUUGGGUCAGUAUGGCUGGGGAGUGACUUACACUUCUACUCCGAUCUGUGCUGUAAAAGGAUCCACAGUGGAGAUACGCUGCACCUACACAUACCCAUCUAGACAAUAUAAUCCUUAUGGAGUUGUGAGGACAUUCUGGUUCACAAAAGAGAGUAAUAAUGAAGUUGUGGAUUUGAAAACAGAUCCAGAGUAUUCAGGUCGAGUUCAGUAUCAGUGUGAAAACAACAAAUGCACUCUGAGAAUCACAGACCUGAGAGGGAGCGACUCAGCUGAGUACAGGUUCAGAUUCAUAACAAACCAUGAAGGAGGGAAAUAUUCUGGUGUACCUGGAGUCACUUUGACUGUCACAGAUCUGCAGGUGCAGGUGAGCAGAUCAGCUGUCAGAGGUGAUUCUAAGUCAGCAGAUCUGAAGUGUGAGAGCAGUUGUCCUCUGCCUGAUAAUCCCUCCUACAUCUGGUACAAGAAUGAACAGAUCAUCACAGGACAAACAUCUAAUUCUUAUACAGACUACUGCGAUCCCACAAACAGGAUUUCCUGUGCUGUCAGAGGAUAUGAGAACUCCCGCGCUCCUUCAGUGGUAGUGAAGGAUGUCUGGGAUGUGACUUACACUUCUACUCAGGUCUGUGCCUUCAAAGGAUCAACAGCAGAAAUACGCUGCACCUUCAGAUACCCAUCAACUAUAGAUGGAAGAAAUACAAGCAUUCAGAAAACAUUCUGGUUUACUAAAGUCAAAGAUAAUGAACCUGUGGAUCUGACAACACAGUCAGAGUACAGAGAUCAUGUUCAUUAUCAGUGUAAAAACAACGACUGCACUCUGAGAAUCACAGACCUGAGAGAGAGCGACUCAGCUGAGUACAAGUUCAGAUUCAUAACAAACGAUCCACGAGGGAAAUAUUCUGGUGUACCUGGAGUCUCUUUGACUGUCACAGAUCCACAGCUCCAGGUACAUGUGAGGAGAUCAACAGUAAACUCUUAUUCUAACUGGACAGAGCUGACAUGUCACAACAACUGUCAGCUACCUGAUCAAUCUUCCUACAUCUGGUACUGGAAUGGACACAAACUUUCAUCAGAAAAACAAUAUUUACACCUGAACACAUUUGAUUCUACAGACAGUUUUCACUGUGCUGUGAAAGGAUAUGAGACAUUCCCUUCUCCAACAGUGUAUGCUCCAAAGCUUCCCUCUGUGUCAGUGAGUCCCUCUGCUGAGAUAGUGGAGGGCAGUUCAGUCACUCUGAACUGUAGCAGUGAUGCUAACCCAGCAGCUAGUUACACCUGGUACAAGGAGGAUGUCAUCAACCCUCUCAGUUACCAAAACCAACAUGUUUUCAGCUCCAUCCUGCCCUCUGACUCUGGAAAGUAUUACUGUACAGCUGAUAAUAACCUGGGACAAAAGAGAUCUGAAAGCAGAACUAUUGAUGUGAAAUAUGCUCCAAAGCUUCCCUCUGUGUCAGUGAGUCCCUCUGGUGAAAUAGUAGAGGGUAGCCCUGUGAAUCUGACCUGUAGCAGUGAUGCUAACCCAGCAGCUAAUUACACCUGGUACAAGGAGGAUGAACCACUGCCUGUAGGACCAGAGGGCGUUCAUCAUUUCACCUCCAUCAGCUCUGAGAACAGAGGAAACUACUUCUGCAAGUCAGAGAAUCAGUAUGGACAGAUCAACUCUUCACCUGUGUUUAUAAAUGUUCAGUAUGCUCCGAGGCUUCCCUCUGUGUCAGUGAGUCCCUCUGCUGAGAUAGUGGAGGGCAGUUCAGUGACUCUGACCUGUAGCAGUGAUGCUAACCCAGCAGCUAAUUACACCUGGUACAAGGACAACAAAGUACUGUCAGCAGGACAACAGAAUGUUUAUCACUUUAUUGCUAUCAAAUUGGAGAACAGCGGGAAUUAUUCCUGCCGGUCUGAGAAUCAGUAUGGACAGAAGAACUCUACGUUUCUAUCCAUAGAUGUUCAAUAUCCUCCAAAGCUUCCCUCUGUGUCAGUGAGUCCCUCUGCUGAGAUAGUGGAGGGCAGUUCAGUCACUCUGACCUGUAGCAGUGAUGCUAACCCAGCAGCUAGUUACACCUGGUACAAGGAGGGUGAAGACUCACCUAAAACAUCAGGACACAACUUCACCAUCAGCAACAUCAGACCUGAGCACAGUGGGAGUUAUUACUGUGUGGCCCACAACAACAGAGGGACUCAUAAUGUCACCUUACAGCUGACUGUCAGGGAAGUUUUCCCACUGGCGGCAAAACUAGUUGUCACUGGAAUAACUCUUGUGGUUUUCCUAGUUAUUAUAUGCCUCUUGAUCUUUUUCCUGCUUACAAAAAAGAAGCCCUCAGCAUUAUUUCCUCUGCCUGGAAACAGACAGGACAACAACAACAAGGUUUCCUGCACAUCUCCAAGUCAGCACACAGGGAAGACAGAGUCUCCACCCAGUAACUCAGAGGAAGAUGAAGAGCUUAACUAUGCUAGUGUCCGAUUCUCAACGAACCAGACGGAUCCCAUUUACUACAACAUCCGAUCAGCUGGAUCCCGCAGACAAAAGGUGAAGGAGGAGGAUGAGCAUGUAGAGUACGCUGCAGUCAACUUCAGUUCUGCCCCGAGAAAUGCACACCAGGAAAGUGAGGAGGAUCCAUCUGAAUUGUACAGCACAGUCAAGAAAAUCUGAUAAAAACAAAAAGAAGCCAAACUGUGGACCCUUCUUUAAUUGUCAGUUUAGCAACCAUACAGCUACUGGACAGUAGAUAUGAUUCUACUAUAUAAUUUUGGUCAGGCGUUCAUAGUCCCCUGAGGGUAACCGCUGUGGACUUGAUUGUCUGAUUUCAUCUGAAGUUUUGUACUACACUUCUAGUUUCAACUUCAACUGAUAUUUCUUCAAAAGAGUGCCCAGAUGUUUGGGGAGUAGAGGUUAUUUUGUCAUUUUCUGUUGAAACUACUUGUUCAACACUGGAAAAAACAACAAGUCCAUUCAAGAUUUUUCAGGAUCAUAAAGUUUGGUACAAAUAUUCAGGUUAUCUAUUGCCAUCUAUUGUCAAAAUUUAGUGCAAACCUUCAUGUCCACCUUCUGAUUCACCAUCACACAAAAAAUUCGUCUCACACGUCUGUUGGAAGUCAUGUAUACUUGACUAAAAUGUAUAUUUCUUUUAGUUUCAUGAGACAUAGGAAAUGUUUUUGCACUGCAGCACUAUAUGUAAUAGCUAAUACAUGGUAAGCUUGUAUUUAUUAAUAUUAUUAUUGUUGUUGUAAUACAUAGGUAUGCUGAGUUAAAGAACACUGAGUUAUUGGAAAAGAACAUGCGUCCUGUUUCCACUCCAUAGUAGUACAGAAUAGUAUUUUAAAACAUUUUCCACGAUUCACUUUAGUUCUGUAUGUUUUACAUUUUGUCUGCAUCAUUCCUGCUCUCAGUUGUUUAAUUGUAAUUAGCUUAAAGUAAAACCAUCAUUAUUUAAAAGAACUCUUCUGUUUCCUGUUGUUAACUCUGAUGGUGGUUUUGAAUGUUGUUUUAAAUGCAUUCUUUUCACACUGAUUGUUAAUAACAUGCUUGACAAAUAGAAUAAUCUUUACAUCUGAGUUACCGGGUUCAUGUUUUUGUGUCAGAUAUUUCUGUUUCAAAUCAUUUCUCAUGUUAUCUCUUGUAUUAUAUUGUAACCUUGUGCCUUUGUGUGCUCAUGUUAGUUUUACUUCAUCUGUUAGCUUUUGUAUUUUGUAUAUGGUGGUGCAGUGGUUAGCACUGUGUACUCUGGCUUCCUCCCACAGUCUAAACACAUGCAGUAAGCAGGGUUAGGUUAACUGGUGAUUUGAAAUUGCUCAUAGGUGUGAAUGGUUGUUUAUCUCUCUGUAUUAGCCCUGCUGGUGACCUGUUCAGGGUGUACCCUGCCUCUCGGCCUGUGGUAGCUGGUAUAGGUUUUAGUGCCCUUGUGACCCUGAUAAGGGUAAGAGGAUGGAUGGAUGUUAGUUUUCUGUCAUUGUUGUUGACCGUCCUGAAUAGUUUGUUACUGAAUACUCAGCUCCAUCAGAUCAUCACUUAGCCCAGUACUUCCUUGCCACCCUUUCUUAACUUGUCAUCAUUUUUCAUUUCUUAUCUUCCAUGUCUAGAGGUUGUUUUUGUGUCUGUGACUUAGGGUUUUUUUUCUCUUUUUCUUUUGUUCAUUGUUCUGCUGCAUGAUCACCAGUACGUGACCACUUCCUGGAUUUGACUAAAGGUUUGGAACCACACCUGUUCAAGUAAAGUCAGAUGGAACAGUAGAUAAAUAAGAAGUCGGGGGAAGUCUAAUGUCAAACCCGUGUGUUAUGCAAAUGAAUAACAGAUAGAUUUCAGUACACCUAUUAGUAAUGCAGCACAUUGUUAAAGGGCAUAGGGCCAAGUAUAGAGUCACAGAUUCAUUUUUUCUAGUUGUGAAACUAUGUAAAUACAAAUCUAACAAGACGUUUCCUGUACAAAAAAGGCAGGAAAAGAAAUGUUAUGAAGCUUGCAUCUCUUACCAAGUUGCCUUUUCUUGCCUUUUACUGGCAUGUUGUUUAUUCUACUGAGAGGUAAAGAGGAAGGAUUUAGCAACAUCUUAAUCUCUUCGAGUGUUUGAAGUGAAUAAUCAUUUGUUCACUGUUUACUUUUAACUUCUUGUAUUGUCACUAAAAUCACAAAGAAAGCAGCUGUAAGUCUGACAGCAGCAGAGAGUGGAUGUAUUGUUCUUGUCCUCUUAGUGUCACGUCAGUCCAUCCAUAUUUACACUGAAGAGCACUUAGCCUUGUUAUUCACAGCUGGUUUAAUGUAGACCACAAAAAUGAACCAGCCCCGUUCUAUGAUGACUGCUGAGCAGGUGUGUGUCUGUGCAUUACUGCCUCUUUCAUGUAUCAUUACAGAUUUUGUUUAAUCAAAUAUUUCAUUCAAACUGUUUAUAUUGUUCACAAUAACAUCAGGAGUCAAACACUAAUCAAAACACAACAGCAAUCACAAAUACAAAUAAAAAUGCAAUCAGAUGCAUCCCACAGUGGAAUUAAUUCUUGUAUUAUGAAGAUAAAAGUAUUAAAAUAAGCGUCGGUGGAGGGUUUUCUACAGCCACUGGUUUUACUGCAGGCCUGUGCAUGUUAUCAUGUCUGUGUUCUUAUUGAACAUUGCACAAACAAGUUACAAAUCACUUCCUGUCAAGAAUGUUGCUCUGUAUGCAUCACUUUUCUUCUUUCACCACAACGAACAUGACAUGUUUCUAAGUCACACAUCAAGCAUGUCUCAUUACUAUCUUGUUAAUCUUCCCUUUCACUCGUUGUUAUUCAUCUGUCACAAAUUACUCCACCCACUUCACCCACUCCACCCGGCCUGCACUCGCUUCUUCAUCUCUCUUGUGCACUGUUCAUUUCAUGGCUGACCCCAGGUGUUCAUAUUCAUCCACCUUCAAUAUCGCUUUUGUGAUCCUUGCACGUUCACCUUUCCACUCGUCUCCCUCUCAUUUAUACAUGUAUUUUGUCUUGUCUCCACUGGCUUUGAUUCCAUUUCUCAAACCACCAGCAUUAGGGCAGGGAUAGCUCAGUAGGUAGAGUGGUCGCCCCCUAUGAUCGGAAAGUUGGGGGUUCGAAUCCACUGAGCAGCUACCCUGAGGUACCACUGAGCAAGGUACCAUCCCUACACACUGCUUACUGGCUGCCCACAGCUCCACUGAGUGAAUGGGUCAAAUGCAGAGAAAGUAAUUUCCCCAUGGGGAUCAAUAAAGUAUACAUUGUUAUUCUUCUGCAUUUCUCUUCUUAAUAUCAUACCUAAUCAACACCACCUCAUCACCUCUGUUCCCUUCCCCCUACCUGUCCACUGAAGUCUGCUCCAAUCACCAGUCGCUCCUUUUCUGGGGUCACGCUGGUCACGAGCUCAGUACAUUUUCCCAAUAUCCAUGGGAAAAUAUCCAGGUAGAACUUGCUAAGGUACAUAUGACCAAAUAUUAGCAUAUCUAUAUGUUCGAGUCUGUGUUGAUUACCGAAAUUCCUAAAUAAUUCAAGCUGGUCCACUCGUUUCUCAUGUGUUUAUUUUUUCCACCCUUGAAAAAGAAAAGUUGGACCAGUACUCAACUUUGAUCUCUCAAAGGACUUUUUACAUUUUAAGUCUUAUUCACACACACACACACACACACACACACACACACACACACACACACACACACA